AUGGCCAACAUCACGUACGUUCCGUGCUGCGCAAGCAGGCGCCCGUCCACCUCUGACCCUACAACUGACUCAUCGCAACCCCUCCUUCUUACCGUUUGGUCGGGCCUUGCUCGCUUUCGCCGUACGCGCCCGGCCGGUUGUCGUCCUCGAACGAUCGCCGUUCGCACCCGUGAUACCACAGAUAUGGCGCGCUCAUCAACGCAGCAUCGCAGGUCGUGCCGGUCGGAGAAAGCUGUACGUCACGGUCUGACCCUGCGAAUCGCUACAAAUCGCUGCACGGGCUCGUCCGCGCCGCUCUUCACCUGCUGAUCCGAGAGACUUCUAUGCGCCUGAUUGAAUCGUUUGGGAACGGUCGUCUAUCGCAGACGGCAUCAACGCGGCGGGCACCGAUCUGAUUGUUACCAGUCCGGAGUAUGGCGUGGCAGCCUACUCUUCCGGUACGUUUGCUGCACCACCUCUCUAUUCGAGUCAGACUCAUUGUUCCCAGUCCUCAUGCUGAUCAUUUUCCUGCUUCAUUUUCAACCUUCCACAGGAGAUAUGUACGUGCCGCGGACCAGAGCCGGGUUUCCGUUGCAGUCCCGAGUUAGGCCCUGACUGAAUUAUUGUCAAAACCUCGCCGGCGGCACGUCUGAUUUUGAUAGCGCAUGGCUCCUCACGUGUACCGCUCUUGUGUGGUACGUAUUUGUGGUGUUUGGUGUCCUUGGUGGUACCUGGUCUGACCUUGCGCGCUUUCUCACGCGGAGCAAAUUACCCCAGGUUGAUGAUUCCCGGAGUUGGGUCAGUCGCCGUUUCCUCGAUCGCGGACCGAUGCAGUCUGCGGGGCUACUCGGCCCGCGGCAGCCUCUUCGGCGCGUGUACUGCACUGCUAGGUCCGAAGGAGUUGCUCUACACGGAGUCACUGACGCAUUUUGCCCCACUCGUUCGCAACUACCGACCGACAGCUACCUGUACUCCGGGUACGUCGCUGGCGUGACCUCGCUCCAGCUAUGCCCGGGCUAAUCUCCGCUGCCCCGUAAUCACCUCUACCGCGAUUUGAACAGACUUUGCCGACGAAAAAAUGCGUUGACAGUCCUGAGUUUGACCAUGCUUUGUAUGGGCAUCGUGUCUUUCCAGGUCAGUGUUUUCCUCGUUCGAUGCGAAAGACUAGAGCGCCCUGCUGACCCCAAGUGUUUGCACCUGCUUCUACUCCUGCUCCAUAUUUGCAGUGGUUCUUCUGGGGUAAGUUUGGCGCCUACACACCUCUUUCGAAAUCCUUCUUGUGGCGGUAGCUGAUUUUCACCGAAUGGAUAUGCACCAACCAGGUUAUUCGCUCGCUUUCUCACCGACGGGAGGUCCUUUCUUGGGUGAUCUCCACUUCUUCGUCUUGCGCAACGUCGCCGAACAACCGGUGCCGCAAGCCAACAACAAAGUCCCGCAAAUUGUCUACAUGAUUUACCAAAACAUGUUUGCCGCCCUCGUGCCCGCCGUUUUCAUUGGUGCCGCUGCCGAGCGAGGUCGUGUCUUACCCGCCUGCAUCUUCUUCUUCUGCUGGUCCACGGUCGUCUACUGCCCCGUCGCGCACUGGAUCUGGGCCCCCGAGGGGUGGGCGUUCAAGCUCGGUGUUCUCGAUUACGCCGGUGGAGGUCCCAUCGAGAUCUGCUCGGGUGUUACGGGUCUCGUCUACAGCAUCUUCCUCGGUAAGCGACGCGGUUUCGGCACCCCUCUUUUGGCUUUCAAGCCCCACAACGUCUCGUACGUCAUCCAGGGCACCAUUUUCCUCUGGGUGGGCUGGCUUGGUUUCAACGGAGGGUCCACGUUCGCCGCCAACUUCAAGGCCGCAUUCGCGAUCGUCAACACCAACUUGGCCGCCAGCUUUGGCGGUCUAGCCUGGAUGCUGAGUAAGUUGUCCGUGUUGCACCCCUUUCAUCCUCGGAGUUCCACUGCGGCUGAAAACUGAACGUCGCCGCGCACUUUCCUUCCGAAUUUCUCAGUCGAUUAUCGUCUGGAACGAAAGUGGUCUGUCGUUGGAUUCUGCACGGGUGCGAUUUGCGGUCUCGUUGCAAUCACGCCGGCUGCCGGCUACGUUGGUCCUGCGGCCUCGAUCUUCAUCGGAGUCAUCGCCGCCUCCAUUUCCAACUUGUUGACCACCCUCAAAGGUAUCUUCAACUUUGACGACGCGAUGGAUAUCUACGCUUGCCACGGAGUCGCAGGUAUUGUCGGCCUGGUCUUCACCGGUGUUUUCGCGGAACCUUCGUACACGGGCAACGACGGCUACUCGACAGCUUCGGGAUGGAUCAAGCACAACUACAUUCAAGUCGGAUACCAGCUCGGCUACAUCUGCGCGGUCUGGGGCUACACCUUUGUGGUGUGCUUCGCGCUCAUGUUCCUCAUCAACCUCAUCCCUGGCUGCAAAUUCCGCGUGGACGAGAACCAAGAGAUCGUUGGAACUGACGACGCCGAGCUUGGAGAAUGGGCCUAUGAUUACGUACGCUAUCUCGAGCCUUGGUCAAUUUUCUGGGUGCUCCUUUCGUUCGGUAUGCUGACCUCCCCUCUGCUGCACCCCACCCACAGGUCGUCAAGAGGCGUGACAUUGAGGCUCCCGACGAACUGCGCGACUACUACAGCCAGUCCAUGGUCCAACGCCCGCUCGCCGAGAUCGCUCGAGUGAGUGGCAACUCGUCGAGCCUCGACACGGCGAUCCCGCCUGCGUCCGAGACGACGACGUCGAACGCUCUUGAAAAGUCGGCCCCUGCCGGCAAAACCGAGGAAGUGAGGGACUGA